UUGUUAUCUACAGUAAACAAAUUUGAUAUAAAUAGAAUGUGCACAUGUGUCUUCUUAUGAGAAUUCUAGAGUUUUCCUUCUGUUCACACAUUCAACAUGCUGGUGCAAAAGCUAAGCUGGAUCAUUUUGUUGCUGUUUCUUUGUCAACAUGAAGCAAAAAGAACAUUGAUCUGUGAAGGAGGAUCUGCUUUCCUCAGCUGUGAUUUGGGAUUCAUAAAGGUCCUUGAAGCCAACUACGGGAGGACUGAUUACACAACAUGCGUUAGUGGGAGACCAGCUAAUGAGAUCUCAAAUAAGCACUGUUUUCAAGAAACAUCCCUCCAUACAAUGUCUGCUCGGUGUGAUGGAAGAAAGAGCUGUUCUGUUCCUGCAGUGAACUCAGUUUUCUCUGAUCCUUGUCGUGGGACUUUUAAAUACCUGGAUGUAUCUUAUGACUGUAUUCCAGCAAAAAGAAGUGUAACCUGUGAAAAUACCCAAAGCGUCAUUGUCUGUGAUACUGGUGUUAUUUCUGUUUAUCAUGCCAAUUACGGACGGCGGGAUCUUGUAACCUGCCCUCAUAAAUUAGCAAAAUCACCACACUGUUACUCUCCUCAGACCCGCAGCCUGCGUUCCAGGUGCAAUGGGAGGAAGUCUUGUCAACUAAAUGCUUCAAAUUCUGUCUACACCGAUCCAUGUAAUGGUGUUAUUAAGUAUCUGGAAGUGAUGUACAGCUGUUACUUCCUUGUGUUCAAACAUAUCAACAUGCUGCCACAAAAUCUAAACUUGAUCUCCUUGCUAAUUUUACUGUGUCGACAAGGUGUUGACACAAAAAGAUAUUUUUCGUGUGAAGGUGGCUCUGUUCCACUCAGCUGUGAUUGGGGAUACAUAAAGGUGAUUACAGCCAACUAUGGGCGAACCGAUCACACAACAUGCUCCACUGGAAGAUCAUUUCAUCAGCUCUCAAACGUUGACUGCUUCCAAGAGACAUCCAUCACUGUGAUGUCCAAACGAUGUGAUGGAAGAAAGAGCUGUUCUGUUCCUGCACUGAACUCUGUUUUCUCUGACCCUUGUGUUGGGACUCAUAAAUACCUGGAUGUCUCCUAUUUGUGUCUCCCAUUUAGAAAAAGUGUCACGUGUGAAGGCAGCCAAAGUCUCAUUGACUGUGGUAAUGGUGUGAUUUGGAUUCAUCAUGCCAAUUACGGACGGCGGGAUCUUGUAACUUGUCCUCAUAAAUUAGCAACAUCACCAGACUGUUACUCUCCUCAGACCCGCAGCCUGCGUUCCAGCUGCAAUGGGAAGAAGUCUUGUCAAUUAAAUGCCUCAAAUGCUUCAUUCCGCUCUGAUCCAUGUCCGGAUGUCCAUAAAUACUUAGAAGUGAUGUACAGCUGCAUAUAAUAUUGUGAGUAUCCUGCUAAAUAAAUCUUU